AUGGACAUUCCCCGAAAAUCGGGCAUCAUGAGCGAGAAAGAGCUGAAUAUAACCGAGAAAUUCACUGUUGAGGAGUUGUUGCAACAGCUAAGAAAGGGUGUUCUAUCGUCACUAGAAGUCACGAUAGCUUUUUCCAAAAGAGCGGCUAUGGCACAGCAGCUGCUUUCUUGCCUUACCGAAACGUACUUUCCAGAAGCACAGGACCGAGCACGCUUCCUCGAUGGUGAAAAAGCUGCCGGCCGCAUCACGGCUGACUCACAUAAUAACAUCUUCGGACGCACAUUGAAUCCCCAUAACACUGCUUUGACGGCAGGAGGAUCUAGUGGAGGAGAAGGUGCACUUGUUGCAUUCCGAGGAUCGCUACUUGGUAUUGGAACGGAUAUCGCAGGCUCUAUCCGUAUACCGUCCCUCUGCUGUGGCAUAUAUGGCUUCAAGCCUUCUACUGAACGUAUCCCAUACGGUGGCCAGCCUUCUCCAGUCCGAGAUGGCUUGACCUUCUUUGAACCUUCUGCUGGACCGAUAGCAAACGACAUCCAGGCAUUGAACCUCCUAUGCCGGUCAAUUCUAUCCAUGAGACCAGCCAUGUACGACGCCACUGCUCUAGAUGUUCCCUGGAGAGACUUGGAAGUACCGCCGAGCGUGCCGAAACUGAGGUUUGGUCUUUUGACCGAAGACCCAGCGUUUCCGUUACAUCCACCGGUUAAAAGAGCACUGGCUCAAGCUGUAAGUGCUCUGGAAGCCAAGGGUCAUCAGGUUGUUCCAAUAUCGCCGUCGCGCGCACAAGUCUCCAAUGCGCUAGCGCUCGCGUUUGCUUAUUUUGGACUCGACGAUCCCCCAGCACAUAUAGCCGCUAGUGGUGAGCCGCUAGUACCAUCAGUCAUUCAAGCUAUGCAAGCGUUUGGUGCCUUCAAAUGUGAUUUUCUGGCUGACUGCGAGGGUCUGCAAGGCAUUCCGAGGUUGGCAGCGCUCAAUGUGAAGAGGCAGUCAAUCGCGGACGAGUGGAGGGAAGUUUGGAGGGAUGAGAGACUGGACGCGGUAAUCGGACCGUCGGCGCAGAAUACUGCAGUUGCGCAUGAUACAUACGGGUUGCCACCGUAUACGUUGCUACUAAACGUAUUGGAUUAUCCCGCCUGUGUCCUGCCGUUUGGCAGAGCAUCGAGCGCUCUGGAUCCUGAGCCUCUGAUCAUUGGAGCUGGUCAAGUAGGUCCAAACUACGAGCCCAAGCUCGUACACGGCGCACCAACCUCAAUCCAGGUCUUCACGAAUAAGAUGCGCGAUGAGGAAUGCCUACAGAUGGCCACCAUCGUAGAUGAGUGCUUGAGGGCUGUGUAG